UCCACCCUCACGAUUCUGACCUACCGUUGCAGCUGAAGCCAGCGUUUGAACUUUAUUACCCAGCUUUGAAGGACAUGGGUUGCACCGGAAGCCAAAUAUAAUUAUAGCUGUUCCCCCAUUUCUUUCUCUCAUCAUCAGCACGCCCGACGGAAACACCCAUACUUAAUUUACCAGUCACCUGGUGCUCUGUCCAGUACACAGCCUUGAGUUGUCAAGAUGAGCAUGUCGCGUGCGCUAUCCCUUCCUCUGCGGAGGGUGUCUGCCACUUCUCCUGCUCUACGUUUGUCGCCGUCAGCUUUCACAGCUACUAGAGCGUUCUCCAGUUCAUUACGACGUGAUGCUACAUGGGGGUUUGUCGGGUUAGGCCAAAUGGGCUACGCCAUGGCCAAGAACUUGCGCGCUAAGAUCCCCGCAUCCGACACACUAAUUAUCCGCGACGUAAACGAAAACACCGCCAAAAGAUUCGUCGAAGAGAACCAAGAAGCUGUCCGGAACAGUGGAGCUAAGGAAGACACCUCCAAGGUGCUUAUCGCUCAAAACGCACGAGAAGUGGCGGAACAAUCGACUGUGAUAGUCACCAGCCUUCCGGAACCCGAACACGUCAAGGACGUCUUCUAUUGUAUGCUCCGCGAUGGCGACCUCCCGGCCCUAGAAAAGGAGCGUUUGUUCAUCGACACCUCCACAAUCGACCCAGCUUCGUCCAAAGAAAUUGCCAAUGCUAUCCAUACAACACGCCAAGGGCGAUUCGUCGACGCCCCGAUGUCAGGCGGAGUGGUGGGGGCCCGCGCCGGCACGCUAUCCUUUAUGUUCGGGGCUUCGUCGCAGACUGGAGAGCUCAUUGAUCGCGUUCAGUCCGUUUUGAUGCUCAUGGGCAAGAAGGCAUGGCACAUGGGUAGUUCAGGAACAGGCGUUUCUGCCAAAUUAGCCAACAACUAUCUCCUGGCCAUCAACAACAUUGCUACCGCCGAAGUUAUGAAUCUGGGAAUCCGUUGCGGGCUCGACCCCAAGGUUCUGGCCGAUAUGAUCAAUACGUCGACUGGUCGCUGCUGGCCGAUGGAAAUCAAUAACCCUGUUCCGGGCGUGGUCGAGACCGCGCCAGCGUCGCGCGAAUAUGCCGGCGGGUUUGGCAUCAGUUUAAUGAAUAAAGAUCUUCGACUGGCGAUUUCCGCUGCGGAGGAGUCCGGUACUCCUCUCGCCUUGGCCGAUAAGGCCCGGAGGGUGUAUAAAGCGGUGGAAGAUGAGCAUCGAGGUAAGGACUUCUCGGUGGUUUACAAAUGGCUACAAGAGCAGUCGGCCACUCAAUAGUAGCAAAUUAUGCUCGGAUUGGUAUCAUUAUUUCCUGGUUGAUUUUCUUUUAGCGCUGCACUGUUUUGAGAACCCUACAUCGUCUUCUGUUCUUUUUUUCCCUCACUUUAUAUGCGAUGAUAUAUGCGGCAGAGCUAGAAUUGCAUUUGCGGGCAAUUGGACAAAUAUAACGAGAUUAUAGGUGUAUUCCUUUCGGGUUUGACCCAGAUAAUAUACAUAAGUCUAACUUCUAC